CUGCAAUAUUUACGCAUCCACGAGAGAUCGCCAAUGUUAUCUUUCAAGUGCUUUUGCAUUGGCUAUCACUAAUUUCCUACAGUUUGUUACAACCCACUUUUUUCUUUGACUAUGAAAUAUUUUGGCUACACCUUACAACUAAGGCAUGUAACAUCUAUUUUAACUGGAUUUCUGCUUUAUUUUCCUGGACCAGUAUCAAUCUGUUCUACGGCAAUGCAUUUCUUAUUCGGCCUGAUUUGCAUCCUGUCAGUAAUAUCAGCAGGUAUGAAUAAGUCACUGUUUUUACUAUCAUCUCAACAGUCUUAAGACAGUAAGGGGGCAGUGUGUAGGAGGGUGACAGUGUGGGGGUGCAUUGUGUGUGUGCUGAUGACAGUGAGGGGAAGCAUAUUUUAACUCAAUAUGUCUGUAUAUGUGAUAUCUUGAAAAAGCCUACUCAGUAAUUCUCCUAUAGACUUAAUAGGAAGCAGAUCUUGGACACGGACACGGAUUUGCUAUUCAAGAGUGAUUUUAAUUUUGUUUUAAAUAUUUAUUUUUUUUUUACAUUUUUUUGUUAUUAUUAUGAUUGGCUCCUAUGACUAUGAUGCACAAGAAAUGGGUGAUAACAUUUUCUUUGAGAGUCCUGAUAAUCUCAGUUUUAUUUAUGGUAUUAUUAUUAUUAUUCAUUUUUUUCCCAUUAGUAUUUUGUAUUAUUUCUCCAAUUUCCUAUAUAAGUUUUUUGUGAUGUGGUAGGUUUUAAAUUAACAUCCUCAAGUUAACUUUUUACAUUUAAGUUUUACAUUUCCAUUGUAUGUCCAAGAAAGUUAUUUGUGUUAUUGUCUAUAAUUUUACAUUGUGCAUUGUACUUUCAUAGUAAUUAAUCCAUAUUGUUUAGAAUUGUUUAUAUAAAGUGAUGCAGUAGUAGCCAGGCAUAAAAUAUAAUCGCCAUUUCGUACCUCCUCUUACUUCGUGAACUCUGGGAUGCGACAGAGCAGGAGGGUGUGCCAUAGGACUACAUUAUCGUAACCUCCACUCUGACCCUAAAUUAUUUAUAUGAUUGCUGCAUUUCCUGGGCUGUAAGAUGAUUUUCUAAAUUUAAGACUUUCUGAGGGUAUUUAAUUUUAUCUUGCGCUCAUUCAAGCUCUCAGCACCCAUUGGUCAGUUGAUCAACUUUCACAGUUUUUAUACAAUGUAAUUAUUAUCUUGAUCAGAACAUAUAUAUAUGCCAUCCUCCAAGAUUGUUAAUUUUACAUACAUGUUCUUUUUUGUUAUCAACAUAUGCCUUCUUUUUUCUUGAGGGUCUAAUCUAAUUAUAGUACAACAGAAGAACAUCUACAGUCUUCUGCAUACUAUAUCCAGAUAAUCUAGGGAAUUUUAUAAUAAUGUUAGACAAAAGACAAAGGCUGGUUAAGAAAGUAAAAAAAAUAAAAAAAUCAUGAAUUAUUAUUAUUAUUUUGUUAAAUUCUGACUUUAUAACAUUAUUUUCCAUAGCAUCAUCUUCAUAGAUGUGUUGUUGAGGUGAUAUAUAGACAUAUGCAAUUUGUUUUAUUCCGAAUGUAAAUUUGGAUAUAUUUCAUGCAAUUGGGACAUUCAGUUGCUUACGAAUGUCCAAAAUUCAAAUUGCUGAAUUUACAAACUGCUGAACUGCCGAAGUUCCAAAUUGCCGAAGUUCCAAAUUGCCAAAGUUCCGAAUUGCAGAAGUUCCGAAUUGCAGAAGUUCCGAAUUGCAGAAGUUCUGAAUUGCAGAAGUUCUUAAGUGGGUUAGGGUAAGGUGUAGGGGUAGAGGUAGGGUUAGGGUUUAGGGUUUAGGGUUAGGGUUUAGGGUUAGGGUUAGGGUUAGGAGUAGGGUAAGGGUCCAAAUUACUGAAGUUCCGAAUUGACGAAGUACCACAUUUUCCGAAGUCUCGAAUUUCGGAAGUGCCGAAUUGAACCGAAUGCCAUAUAGCAAACAAUUAAAAGUUAAUACAGAUAAUAAUAUAAUAUAGAAUAACUAGAUGGAUCCUUUCAUCUACCACUUUCAAGAGGUAGUAAUGAAAAACCUAUAGGUAAACAGCAGCUGAAAUUGUUUCAUAAACACCAUAAACAUUUUCUUUCUUACUUAAGUGAUUAAGCUGCACAAGUUUUAAGAGAAAUAUAAACUAGUCCUACGAGGACAAAUAGAACCAUUUUAAGUGUUCCACACAUUUAAAUAGAUACUGUAAAUAGGAAACACUUACGGAAUGUGGACUCACAAGGGUCAAAGGAAAAUAAUUUUUUUUAUCAUGAUCAUGAAUCCUGAUUGGCUGAGAGAACUCCUGGUUGUAGAAAACCAGAAAAAAAGAUGUAUUGAAGCCUGGUCAUUUACUCUUUAAGAAGGCCAUUAAAAUGUGAGUAUAUUUAAUGUCUUUAAGCAUGUUAAUUCAUUUAUUCAAAAUGUACUAUAAAGUGUCUUUUUAUGUAUGCAAAGGUCAGCACAGCAUUUAAAUGGUUUCAGUCAGGUGCAGGAACAUGUGCAAACUGGUACAGAGAAAGUUAACAUUGCUCUAGUAACAGUAAACAGUGGCAUUGGCUGACUUUUUUAAGAUAAGCCUGAAAGAACAUUGCAGAUUGACAAAAUAUUAACAGUUUUUACAGAUAAUUUCUGAUUUAUUUUUUUUUUAAGUGAAAUGGUUACAUGUUUGACAAGUAAAACCAUAAAUUAAAACAUUAAACUAGAGUUUAACACAUUUAAUUAAUUAAAUCUACCCACUCUGGAUUGUCUUAAGAAACAGAAAUGUGUGGAAAGGUAAGUCUUCAGUGAUAAGAUAUGUUACAGCAUUCGACACCCAAAAUUGUAAACAGAUUGUGUAAUCUAUUAGGCAACAUGAGUAAAUAUUCUAGGUGUGAAGUUGCGAACAAUAAACAGUGGCAUAGAGUGGUAUGUUUAAUAUUUAACCUGCUUGUUAAUAUAACUAAUCUGAACUUUUUUGGUAUGGUUUCCAUAAUGGUUUUCCAAUGCAUUAUUUCUUUCAAUAUUGUCUACAUGUUUUUCUUUUGUUUCCUGCCUCAAGUUAAAUGUGUCUUGGGUGAAAGACAUUUGUUUCAAUUAUGGAAAAAAUGAACAAUGUGUAAAUAAAUUAAAACAAAUAUUUAAAAAAUUACAUCCACUUAAUCCACUUAAUAAUCCUUUUUCUGCAAUUCCUCUAGAAACAGUGAGCCAGACCCUCAUCAGCCACAUCCACAAAACGGCAUGUAAGUAAUUUCCACUUUAAUGCAUAAAAUACAAUAUUAGUUUAUUUGUAUUAUUGUGUUUUAUACAAUAAAGUGAAAUUCUUAGAUGGUACUAGUUAGGUUGGAGACAGUGGGAAAUUAAUGCCUAGAUUAUAACAGUGAAGUCUAGGAUGGUAAAAUAAUAUUUAGUGAAAUUACAUUUGAUUGUAAAUUUGCUAGUAACAUAAUGUACAUUUUUAUUGUCUGUAAUGUUACACAAAGUAAGGAAAGGUGCUUUUUGAUGUUUGUUAUCUAUAAUGAUAUCCUUAAACACAGUUUUUUGCAUGUUCAAAGACUUUGACCAGAAAAUUCCAUGUUUUAAUCUAUGAUAUUGAUUGUGUUACGGGCUCCAUCUAGGAAAGAACACAAUAUGAUGCCAUGUGUCAUUUUGGCAUCAGGAUUAACGUGGAUCAGCCCAUCUUAAAUCUAUAUUAUGUUCAAAAUGAUGCAGUAUUUCCACAACAGUAUUUGCAUAAGUUCUGGCAACACUCGAAUGAUAAGGGCCGAUUGACCCUUAUCUUCUCCUAAUGAAACCUAGACCUGUGCCCUGCUGUUGUGGUCUCCAGCUACCUGAGAAUGCAUGUCUUACAUUUAUGGUUCUCUUGGUUAUUGACUUUAGGUUUGUUGAUAUCUGUAUUCGCACACUUGUAUUUUUGAUUCUCUACAAUCCCUUGACCUCGAUAUAUCCUUAAUUAUUCUGUUUAUGCCACUGUGCAACAAGCCACCUCUAAGGACCUUAGUUACUCUACUAGACUAAUUUCUUUGGCUAACCUAGUUUUGCAUGUUGGGAUUGUUUACAUCUCUGACUGAGAUUGAAUUCAGAGUAGAGACUAUAUCUGGGCUUAUUAUUCACAAGAUACAAAUUUAUUAUCACAGGUUUUCUUCAAUCAUAUUAUGGGCACAUUUGACUUGUAGAGAUUUACACAUUGUAAAGUAAGUAACAACUAAGUAAACAAACAAACAGAUAUACAUUAUUGUAAAAUAUACUUAUUGAAAAAUAAUUUAGUACAAAUCCCUACAUAGAAAAAUACAAGUAUUUAACAUUACAUAUUGAGGCAAUGCUAGAUUUAUAUAUGUAGAAAGGCCAUUAGGCCUGAAUUUGUGGGAGGAGUAAGUCCCCUACUUAAGCUCCCAGCCCCUACUCACCGCUGCCGCUCAGCUGAUUGUCCUUAGCAACCAGCACUUCCGGUCCAGCUUCCCGCCAGAACUGUACCUGUUUCCAGCAGCCAGACACCCUGUGCAAUCCUCCGUCCGUCCGAGGUCCUUCCACUCCGUUUCCCUCCGGUCGAGGUACCCGACUUCCGGUCACGAGACCGGCGCGUUUACGUAAGCAAGGCGUGGGAAUUAGCGUUCGCUAUUUCCCCGCCGUUCGGGCCUAAAAACGUAGGGGUAGGCUCCCUCUUUCGCAUUUUCACGAAUACACGCUUUUCGUUAAUAUCUCCAUUCGCGCCAAAAAACGCACGAACGUUCGGCUCAUUUCGCUAUCAUUUAUGCAUUUUCAUACGGAAACAACCGAAUAAAUAUUUCAUGUUUAAGCUCAUUCUUAUCUGUAUUCACUUUUUCGUUCGGUUAUUUCAGCACCAACCUAUUCGUAUGGUUAAAUUCACGUACACCAUCUUACUAAUUUACAUUCGGUUAUUUCUAUUCUUUUAAGCUAAGCUUGCAUAAGUUCUAAUCACAGUCCUACUAUUAUUUAUUCCUUCAUAUGAGUUUGCGGUUACAUUAUAUGGUUAACUACCAGCCCUGUGUUUUUCUACCUUGUUAAACCAUUUAAAGUAUUUUUCUAUAAUAAACAUAAUGUUCACCACGGUUCAUAACUUCAUACGUGUCUAAAUUCAAGCUAUACCAUUCUUUCCUAAUAACACUCAGAUAAGUCUUUUUAAACACUAUUUACAAGUUAUACCCUUUACACAUAAUCCGUACUAUUCCUUGCACAUAAAUCACGCUGUCACAUCUUUUGGCUUUUACAGAUUGCAUCGGUCUCUUGCUUUUCUGCAUUAAAGUUGUUAUUUCAAGGUCCUUUUAUUACAGGAACAGGUAUGGUUUAUUAUCACCUUGAGUUAUCAGGUUUUAUCAAUUAUCUUCACAUCUAUUGCUAACUAUGGAAUUUGUCUUGGUUAAACCCUUAGAUCCUGUAUUAAUCUAAGCUUCCACCGUUUCUACGCAGUUAACCUGCCACGAUUAAACAAUCUCUGUACUUUAAACAAAGGUAUAGUUCACUCUCUUUUUAAUACUAGACCUCACGCGGUCUCAACUCCAUUACUACCUUCCCUCAGGCUUACGCCCAGGAUACGUUAUCUCUUUACUACUUGUCUACACAGACUUUCGGUCAUACGGCCACCAGGCUCAAGAAGACACCAAAAACCUGACCCGGUACUCAGCCAUACCUUCAGGUACUUACAUCCUUACUCAAGUACGUCCAUUCGCUACCCCAAGGCCUCAUUCUGCCUUCUCACUCAUAUCCAAAAUCAUCCCAUUCCUACACCUAAACCUCCCAGAUCCCUCAAUGCAGGAUCUCACGUCGUGCCCCUAACAAACCUUCUCCCUAUACUAUUCAUACGACAUCACGAUACGUAUAAACACAUCAACAUCUGUCUUAAACCCCCAGGAUUCUUCCUCAAAGACAACAUUUAAGACAAGACUCUCUACACUUACCAGGAGGCUCCAGAUACCAUUUGCGACCAGUCAAGGUUAGUAUCCACACACCAUUCCAGUCCUCUAACUUUACCCUUUAGCAUACUAUCGAACUGGCUAUACGGCACAGGCUAAUGCCUUAGCCCACCCUAUCAGGAAAUCUGAUCCCGCGAGGCCUACCACCCCCACCCCACCUCAACACGGAGGUACGGCCCCACGCCCAAAUCAUAGUUAUAAGCCUCGCAUGCCUUACUACAGGGCUCUAGUUAGGGCCUCACCUGUCACGGCCACACGUUUUGAUUUCUCUUAUCGUCACCGAGAGGCCAACAUCCCGCCACCACGUCUGUGGCACCUACGUCAUAAGCCAAAUCAUAGGUAGAGCCUCUCAUCGCCACUUGGCAUUAGCAGGGCCUCACCUAUCCAGUCAUUCAAUAGUUAAGUUUUUCGCCUCGGCAUCUAGCAUUAAAGUCCAGUUCUUCAAGACACACCACUCCCCAUACCCCCCCCCUUCUUACCUCACUCCCCUUCUAAUAUAUCUUUCACAUAAUCAUUCCUUUUUAGAAUGUCCCAAGAACCAAUUCCAACCGAAGAACUGACAGAAGAAGCACCAUUCACGCCAAUCAGACCCGUGUCUCCAGGCGAAUCACUCACUCUUUCAACCCCCACGUCCUUGAGAGCAUGGACUAUUCCCAAAAUCACAGCCGAGCUUAGGCUCAGGGGAAUCCCCUUUCCGGCCACAGCUAGAAAGGCAGAACUUUACAGGCUGCUUACCCACCAAGUCCCCGAGCCUCGGCCGGGAACUAGCUCUCAAGGACAACCACCAAGUAACAGCACGGCCACCCAGGAUACCCUGGCAGAUAUCUUGGCCAAUCUACAGGCCCUCAAUAGCAGGCUGUCUAAGGUGGAGAGCGCCAUCUCCUCCUCAGGUACUAACACCGUAGUCCCAGUCUCUACCACGGCUGUACCUGCCAUACCUUCAUGUCCCUCUAUACUCCCCCCUCCAGCACCUGGCACAGCCAUCACACCUUUCGAGUCACCAGCACACUCCGUCCCAGAUUCUAUCAGGAAAGAUAUCCUUGACGGGAAGGAUGUGUGUCUGGUGUCUUUACUCAUAGCCUCUCAGGAUGUACUCGAGAACAAGGCAUACAAUUAUGGUGACAUCUCUGUUGUGCUUAAAACGAGGGAUCCCAGGCUUAAUAAAAAAUUGUCUAUCCCACAGUUUGUGAUAGCUUUCGGGAUAUACCGCGACGUCAUUUGCACGGUGUAUCCCCAUAGGAGAGAAGAGCUAGAUCUCUAUCUCCACAAGGUAGUGGAUCUAGGCAUCAAGUACGGGGGCUCUUCCUUCUAUGACUACCACAAGUCAGUCUCAGUGAAGGCGGCGACCCAUCUCAAGCAGUUCAACAUUAGAAUGAACUGGGGUCAGAUGGACACUGAACUUUUCUGUCGCCACUUCGCUGGACUCAGGCCCCCGGCUUGUGCCAUCUGUAAUUCUACAUCCCACAUGGCGGACUUAUGUCCCGUCGAACCAGAUCCCACCACCUCCACUCUCACCCCUCACCCCACGUUCACACCUCACUCCUCUUUCACCCCUCACAAGCCAGCGGGUGGUCUCCGGGAUAAGCUGGGUAGGCCCAUCUCCUUUUUAGGUAAAGCACAGGUGUGCAAUAAUUUCAACGCAGGCUCCUGCAGUUUCAGCGCCUGUAGAUUAUUGCACAUCUGCUCCAUAUGUUUCAGGGCACAUACCAAGACCAUGUGUCCAGCCAGGUUGUCACCAAACAAAUGACUAACCGACAUUAAAUAUCGACAACCUGGUUUUUUAUCUAAGGUGUCACCCCAGCAGGCACUUAGUGGAUUUUCUCACCACAGGUUUCUCACAAGGGUUUCACACAGGCAUAAUAGCCAUUCCCCCAGGUACACUAGAAUGUCCUAAUCUCCAGUCUGCACGUUUAGACCCAGUCGCUGUAGACACUCUCAUUUCCGCAGAAACCACAAAUGGUUUCAUGAUCGGUCCUUUCACCUCUUCACCGUUUUCCUCCUGGCGCACUAACCCUAUUGGUAUUGCUAUUCACAAAUAUUCUAAUAAAAACGUCUCAUUAUCGAUUUAUCGGCACCGCACUCCUCUUUUGUUCCAAGCAUAAACGCACUCAUUCCAGCAGACGAAUUCUCUCUGCAGUACGUCACCAUCGACGACGCCAUACAGUCCAUCAUGACAUCUGGUAAUCGACCCUGGCUCAGCAAAACAGACAUCACUAACGCCUUUAAAUUACUGCCCAUACACCCCUCACUCUGGCACUUACACGGUGUUAAAUGGCGAGGGUAUUAUUACUUCUCAACACGACUCACUUUUGGUUCCCGAAGCAGCCCCAAACUUUUCGACAUUUUCGCAGAGUCACUUUGCUGGCUGCUUCUGAACGUCAUCAGGUGUCACUCAGUUAUUCACUAUCUAGAUGACUUUCUACUGAUAGAGCCAGGGUCAUCAACACCCACAGCAAUCUAUAGUACUACUGCACUUUUUUCCACACUUGGAGUCCCUUUGUCCCCAACCAAAACUAUAGGACCCACAACAAAGUUGACCUUUUUAGGCAUAGAGCUCGAUUCUGUCAAACUCAGAGCUAGCCUUCCACACGACAAACUUUCACGAUUGAGAGGGGAGAUAGACACGUUCCUGCGGAAUGACGUUUGCACCAGGAGAGAACUUCAGUCCCUUCUUGGAUCUCUGAACUUCGCCAUGCGCAUCAUUCCGCAGGGAAGGUCUUUUAUUUCCAGACUUCUUUGCCUGCUCCAUGGAGUCCCGGACUCCGGCACAGUUUCUUUGGACCCCCACGCCAAGGCUGACUUGGCUAUGUGGGGGAAGUUUUUGAAAGACUGGAAUGGUAUCUCCAUGUUUAUCCCCCCUCUCUCCACCUCUUCACCCAUCAUCCACACAGACGCAGCAGCCAACACCGGUUUCGCAGCCAUUUUCGGGAACCACUGGUUUAGGGGCCACUGGCCCACUGAGACGGAUGCCUUGCCAGGAUUCAGGGAGACCUCAACCCUAUUUGAAAUUUACCCCAUUGUGGCGGCCGCACACACCUGGGGUCAUCUCUGGUCCGGCAAGGCAGUAAAAUGCUACUCAGAUAACUCGGCAGCUUGCGAUAUUAUUAACAAAGGGCGCUCAUCAUCCCUGACCAUCAUGCGGCUGAUUCGCAAGUUGACCUGGCUGGCAGCAUCCAAUCAGUUUCACUUAGUAUGUUCUCACAUCCCGGGUAUUCACAACACCGCCGCUGACGCUCUUUCUCGUUCUCGAUUCCAGGCAUUUUCUCAGCAGCUCACCAUCAGCCAUCCAGGACACCACGGUUUCACGAACUAAUAUUGGAUUAAGCACACUCUUGCUUCACGCUAGAUCACUCACUCACCAAGCAUUAUCACCCAACACUGCUAUCACUUACAAUAGGGCACUUAACAUAUUUAACAAAUUCACUGCAGAAUUCGGGCUACAAGGUGACUUUUCUAUCCAAACCAUGGUGUCUUUUGCCUCUUUCUGCCACCUACACCUUAAUCUGUCACACAACACCAUUAAACUUUACCUCACCGGGGUUCAGCACCACAGCCUCACCAAUUUUCCUAACAGCACCCCCUUUUUGUCUUCAUACCCCAUAAAAAAGGUCUUGAAAGGUAUAUCAAAGGUUUCACCACCACUCGCAAGCACUAGAUUACCCAUAGACGGGCCUAUCUUCAGGUCUCUUAGCAAUCUCCUUGACACAGCCCCAUUUGAUAGCUACACCAAUACGGUGAUAAAAUCUGCCAUAUAUCUCGCUUUCUACGGUUUUCUCAGACCUAGGGAGUUCACAGUGAUUUGUCAAGGAGAUAUUGCACGAUGCCCUAAAACUUCACACCUCACCAAGGUAGAGGAUCACUACCUCCUUUCUAUCCCUACCACUAAAACCAACCGGUCAAUACAUCCUACAAUAAUUCCUCUCUUCCCUACUGAUAAUGCCUGGUGUCCGGUGAAAGUUCUCGACCAACUACGGUCAACUUUUCGCACUCACCUGCCAGACUCUCCGCUCUUAACAUUACAAGGGCACCCGCUUACCACGGCAAAAUUGAUGUCACAUGUCAGAACCCUGUUAUCUAAGCUCGGACACAAUCCGGCUGCAUUCUCCGGGCACUCCUUCCGCAUAGGAGCCGCCUCAGCAGCCUCAAGCACAAACGCACCGGUACACAUCAUCAAAAGGCUCGGGCGAUGGAAAUCCUCCAUAUAUAACGCAUAUAUUCCGCAACCAGAGAAAGAGCUUCGCCAAGCUUUCAGAAACUUGGUCUUGUAAAAUGCAAUAAAGUGUGCAUUUUCUCGAAUUUAUCUUUUUGCCCUCUUUUAUUUACAGGCCCACUCGUACGUUGGUUUCGGCACACCACAACCAACUUUGCUCACAGUUACUAUCCAUCACGUAUUUAAAUUCCGAGCACAAAUAUAUAUAUAUCUAUAUAUAUAUAAAUAUAGAUAGAUAGAUAGAUAGAUAGAUAUUCAAUACAUUGAUACACAAAUACACACACCAGUCAAACCAUAAGACUUGCUUUUCCCACAAAAAUCUCCCUUUAACAGUACUCUCGCUACUGCAAGGGAUUCUGGGUAGGUUUAUACAAAUGUUCUGAUCAAAGAACCACAUUUUUGACUCAUAAUUUCACUUUCUACUUGUAUUCCUUGAAAUAUGUGUCUGCUGUAUACAACAGCUUUGCAACACAGCUCCGACAGUUAAAGGGAUAUUUCUGUAGGAAAAGCAAGUCUUAUGGAUUAACUGGUGUGUGUAUUUGUGUGUAGCAAUGUAUUAAAAAACCACUUACUUCAAGUGGAAGGGGUUUUCAUUUACACUUUUUUCCUCACCACAACUUUUGUUGUGUAUACAUACACAUACACCUAUUCACAUUUAUAUGCGUAUAUAUAAAUAUAUAUAUGUGUGUGUGUUUGUAUGUAUAAAGUGUGUAUAUACAUGCAUGCAUGUAUGUAUAUGUGAAUAGGUGUAUGUAUACAUAUACAUAUAUAUGGGUCUAUGUAUGUGUAGGCACAUUGGUAUAUGUGUAGGUACAUGUAUUGGUGCUUGUGUGUGGCUGUAUGUGUAGGUGUGCAUGUACAUAUAUUUGAGCAUUUGGUUGUAUUUAUAUGCAUAUUGUUGUAUGUACAUAUGUGUAUACUUGUACAUAUACAUUACUUUUGUAUAUGUAUAUGCACAUGUGUGUGAGUAUGUGUGUGGGUCUGUGUAUGCUGGAUAUAGGCCUUCAUGCAUAUCCUGUAACUCUUGGAAGUGAAUUCAUGCAUUCUUAAUAUAAGUAAUUAUUUAUUUAUUUUUUCACUCCACCCUUCUAAUACCAUCUUCUGUACUGUUUGCUUGCUUUUUUUCUAUCUCUCCCCCCUCACUCUGUGAUCUUCACACAAUAUAUUUAUGACUCUGCAAGAAUGGUGCCUAUUUUCUAUUAAACCUGUGUCUUAUCUGCACUCAUGAUGCUUUAACCUCUGUAUCACAACUCACCUUUGAAUUCUAUGUGUUGUCUUGCUCAGAAAUGCUUUAGACUUGAGAAAGGCUCUCCCAAAAGCUUGUCAUUAAAAAAUUAUGUUAACCCAGUCGCGCCAGCGCCCUCCAUUGGCAUACUCACGGUUUGAACAUUUUCUUUCCCCUGUUUCAUUCGUUUUCAAUGUUCUGUUCGAUGGCCUCUUGGUUCCUACCAUCUAACGCUGCCUCCCCCAUUCGGCUCAUUUCAUACAAAUGAGUCGUUAUUCGAACGGCUGCGGAUGCACGUUUCAUGGUGGGUAGAUGGACGUGAAGGCUCUAUUAACAUAUAGAACGUUCAUGUCCUUCACUUAUAUUAUUGUGGAGGGUUCGGGGGGAGGGGGGUUCGGUUCUUUUUGAAAUUCAAAUCUCGCCUAGGUUAACACAAUUCAAAUACGUUUGCACCUUUUCUCACAAAUGCAUGACAGAUUACUCUCAACACGUUGCCAUGGUUCUCGGUCCACGUGAACGGUUUGGGCAGUUUGGCUUGUGGCCCUCUAGUGGUCGCCAACUAAUAUGGCAUUGGGUAUCUAUGUGCUUACUAUUCAAAGGGUAUAGAGACACUGGUAUGUUACAUAAGGAAACAUGUUAAUUAUAAUUGGCUAUUAGAUAAUAUUCCCUAAGGCUAUUUUCUUUUAGAUGGCAAGUUUAAGGUAAUUUAAGGAAUGCUACUUUACUUCCCAGCAGGGGCUGUUUAUAGUUGGUUCCUUAAUCAUUUUCAGUGUUAUAUUUUUAUUCUACAUUACUUUUUAUAUAUAUAUAUAUAUAUAUAUAUAUAUAUAUAUAUAUAUAUAUAUAUAUAUAUAUAUAUGUGUUUUGGUUGCAGUCCAUUACACUGUUACUAUCGUAAUCAGGUGGCAUCAUGCCUAACCGGUUUAUUUGUUGCAACCAGGUCCCAAAGGAUGGUAUCUGCUUUUUGCUCUCGCCAAUCCACUGUCUCAUAUCUUAUGUUAUGUUUUGCAGAUUACAAGGUACCUGUUAGAGAUACACUUGGCUCGUUUAACCCCUUAAGGACCAAACUUCUGGAAUAAAAAGGAAUCAUGACAUGUCACACAUGUCAUGUGUCCUUAAGUGGUUAAAGCCUCAACCUAAUUUAUAGGUGGGUAGCUUAUGGUAUUAUACGUCAAAUCCACUUGUUCAUUCUAUAUAACAAUAUAUAUACCUUUUUAUUUGGUUUAGGCCUUCCUUAUUAGUUGGGAUCCUUCAAGCACACCAGGUACGAGACUCCUGCUCCAUUAGCCUAUUUAACGAUUAGGUUUACUGGCUGAUAGGGAAUUAGGUGGCCAUUAGGUAAUUCGAUUUGGGCACUCUUUGCCUUAGUCUCAGUGGUCCCGCGAGGCCAACUCUCAUCUUCCACAUAGGAGGUAAUACACCCACCAGACAAAUCAAAGUUAGGGCCUCACCUGUCAUGCCCUGUAUACCUUCUGUUUAACAGUCACUGAGAGGGCAACACCCCACCACAAUGUCUUGGUGGCCACGAAACCCCUCGCGCCAACGCUUAGGCAGUGCCUCUCAAGCCUCUGCGGCUGCAGCUCUGGCCCAGUACAAUGCCAGGUCAGAUUGGAGCCAACUGGAUACAGAGCUAUUCUUUACACACUUCGCUGGGCCAAGAACCCCAGCUUGUGCAAUUUGCGCAUCAACCGCACUUUCGGCUAACUCCAGUCCCAUUUCACCUGACCCCACCCCUAACACGGCCAUCCCGGGUACUACUAGGGUCGAGAAGCAGGGUAAGGAUAAACUAGGCCACCAAUUGUAUACCUAGGCAAGUCACAAAUGUGCAAACAUUUUAAUGACGUUUCGCGUGGUUAUAAUGCCUGUAAUCUGUUGCAUGUUUGCUCUCACUGUUUCGGGGCUCCUGCGAAAGCCAUGUGCCAAAAUAAAAUGCAUCAAAAGCCUUAUUUGACCUUGGUUAAUGUUGGUGUUCUGUCUCAUCUGCUAUCCACUCACCCUUCACGUGACCUGGUGUAGUUUUUGAUAACCGGUUUCACUCAGGGUUACCACACGGGCCUUAUUCACUUGCCAGCGGGUAUUUUGGAGUGUAAUAACCUGCAGUCAGCUUUGGCUGACAUCGAGUCAGUAGAGGUGUUAUUACAUCAAGAACUGGAGCAGGGGUUUAUAUUAGGGCCUCUCAAAGUGCUGCUUUUUUCCAACCUAAGGACUAAUCCUCUUGGCCUGCUCACUGGGAAAAACUCGGCUAAGCGGAGACUGAUUAUACAUCUCUCGACACCACACUCCUCGUAGUCCCGAGCCUUAACUCACUAAUACCUUCAGAUGAGUUCUCACUGCAAUACACCACUAUUGACAAUGCCAUAGAUGCUAUUAUGGUGGCUGGCAUUGGGGCAUGGCUUAGCAAGACCGACAUUGUCAAUGCCUUUAAAUUAUUACCCAUACAUCCAUCAUUGCGGCACUUGCAUGGCAUCAAAUGGAGAGGCCUAUAUUGUUUUUUCACUAGGCUCACCUUCGGGUCGAAGAGAAGCCCAAGAGUUUUUGACACCUUUGCGAAAACCCUAUGAUGGCUCGUCCUAAAUACGUGCAGAUACCAUACUGUCAUCCAUUAUCUAGACAAUUUCUUAUUCAUUGAAAGCAAUUUCUCCUCCUCCUUCAGUUUGGUUAAAGCAGUCAAGAUUUUCAAUUCGCUAGGGAUACCGGUCUCACCUAAGAAAACAGAGGGUCCCAACAUCGUUAUUAAUUUCUUAGGGAUACAACUAGAUUUGGUGGUCAUGAAAAAGCCAGUCUUCCUUUAGGGAAAAAUCAUGAGGAUUGUUCACGACAUCAAUCAUUACAGACAUACCCGCACAUGUAACCAGAAUGAAUAACAUUCUCUGUUAGGCUCACUAAACUUCGCAAUGAGAAUCAUCCCACAGGGUAGAGCAUUCAGCUCCAGAAUCUUAAUCCUACUACCCACUUUCCCUGAUGACAUGUUUCUCUCGAACUGGAAUGGAAGAAGCACGUUUCUCCCACAGGUAUCUAUACACUCCCUUGUCAUUUGGACGGAUGCAGCAGCCAUUUUCGGUGACAAAUGUCUGUGUGGUAGUUGGCCUGAGGAGGUACAAUAUAUAAAGGGGUUUCCCAAGUGAGUAGCUAAUUUAGCAGACAGUUGGCAGUUACAGUAGGACCUGCCAAAGAUGGGGUACAUUGACGUUGUGGCAGGUGUAUGCAAUGUAUGUUCAUAUUAUGUAACUAAAUCCCCAUUAUUUGUUCUUAAUAAAACUUACAAAAUCAACACCAAAGUUGCUGUUUAGUAGAUAGGGAGUGCGCUGGAUUUUAACUUUUUACUGUAUGUAUUGGCCCCCAGCAGCACCUCAUUUAAGCAUGUUCCGGUGAGUGCAACCAACCCCUUGCUUUUUCAUAUAUAUAUAUAUAUAUAUAUAUAUUUAUAUAUAUAUAUAUAUAUAUAUAUAUAUAUAUAUAUAUAUAAUAUCUCCAAAAAUAUACCUCUUGUAAAAUGUAAUUAAAUUAGAUAGAUAGAUAGAUAGAUAGAUAGAUAGACAUUCUAGAAUAAAUACUGAAGCAGAUAAUAUUGAGAAAAAAAUUACCUGUAGUAUAUACACGCUACCAAUUAUUUUAAAUAAAUAUCUUGGAGACUUUAUACUGCUAGAACAGUGAUGAUUAACCUUGACAUUCUAUAACUUUGUAGACUACCUCUGGAAAAUUGCUCACACAGAAUUUAAGUGUAAAUAUCUUGAUAAUUAUGCCUGGCAAAAUCAUUCUAUUAUUCUGUUGUAGGACAUUCCUUUUCCUGUAUAAGCUGUACCAACACAAGUGGUGAUACUUGCAAUGGAUCUACAAUCAUCUGCCCAUCAUACUGUGACAGCUGUUCGUCAAUCUACACAAAGACCAAACGUAUGUUGACUAGAUAGAGUUCUAAGAGUGACAGAUGUUCUGAAAACAAGUAAAUUAUUGACGCAAUUAUUAAACAAAAAUGUUUAGCUAAAAAUAGGAAAAACAUAUAUUAAAAUAGUUAUUAAAAAACUUUUUAAAAUUUCUGAAAUUGUAUCUCACUGACCUUUUUGAGAGCUCUUUAAGGAAGUUGUCACCUUGCCCAGUCAAAUUCCUGAAAUAAAUCCCUGUUGAUUGUAGGCAAUCUCAUAUAUGCUAGUUGGAAUCUAACUGGACUAUGGAACAAUUUUGGACAAGAGUCUCAUGGAAGAACCACACUUAUAGAAUUGUUAACAAAGAUAAAAUAGAACAAAACAGUUCAUAAAGCAACAAUAUUUUUAUUUCAUUCUCAAGUGGUUUAAGUAACCUUCUUUAAUCAAAUUUGAUUAAAAGGUAAACUACAGUAUUAGGAAUGCAAACAUGUAUUCCUGACAUUAUAGUUCUGAAGUGGCUGUUUAGGUUUAUUGCCCUCUCCUCCCCUGAUCUCAUUAAAAAAGGUGAUUCUACUCACAUUUGCUCCGACGCUGCACAGGUCUCUCUGCAGAUAGCUGCGCCUCUCUCCACCUCAAUGGUUGGGAUCAUCAAUGUUGAUGACAGAAAAAAAUUGGAAGGCUAUUGUGCGCCAAAACGCUUUGCUACACCAAUCAACACUUCCUCAUAGAGACACAUUAAAUAAAUGCAUCUCUAUGGGGAACGUUCAGCAGAGCAUGGAGAUGCUGAGCAGCAGCAAUGCAGUAAGAAGCACCUCUAGUGGCCGUCUUAGUGUCUGCCACGAGAAGUGUUACUAGGCACCAAUGUAAACUUGAACUUUUCUCUGAAAUGGCAGUGUUUACAUUAAAAAUCAUGCAGGGACAGUCUAUAGACACCAAAACCACUACAUUAAGCUUUAAGUACAAGGUUCUGUAAAUUACAUAGAAACAUAGAAACAUAGAAACAUAGAAUGUGACGGCAGAUAAGAACCAUUCGGCCCAUCUAGUCUGCCCAAUUUUCUAAAUACUUUCAUUAGUCCCUAGUCUUAUCUUAUAGUUAGGAUAGCCUUAUGCCUAUCCCACGCAUGCUUAAACUCCUUUACUGUGUUAACCUCUACCACUUCAGCUGGAAGGCUAUUCCAUGCAUCCACUACCCUCUCAGUAAAAUAAUACUUCCUGAUAUUAUUUUUAAACCUUUGUCCCUCUAAUUUAAGACUAUGUCCUCUUGUUGUGGUAGUUUUUCUUCUUUUAAAUAUAGUCUCCUCCUUUACUGUGUUGAUUCCCUUUAUAUAUUUAAAUGUUUCUAUCAUAUCCCCCCUGUCUCGUCUUUCCUCCAAGUUAUACAUGUUAAGAUCCUUUAACCUUUCCUGGUAAGUUUUAUCCCGCAAUCCAUGAACCAGUUUAGUAGCCCUUCUCUGAACCCUCUCUAAGGUAUCAAUAUCCUUCUGAAGAUACGGUCUCCAGUACUGUGUACAAUACUCCAAGUGAGGUCUCACCAGUGUUCUGUACAAUGGCAUGAGCACUUCCCUCUUUCUACUGCUAAUACCUCUCCCUAUACAACCAAGCAUUCUGCUAGCAUUUCCUGCUGCUCUAUUACCUUGUCUGCCUACCUUUAAGUCAUCAGAAAUAAUCACCCCUAAAUCCCUUUCCUCAGUAGUUGAGGUUAGGACUCUAUCAAAUAUUCUGUACUCUGUCCUUGGGUUUUUACGUCCAAGAUGCAUUAUCUUGCACUUAUCCACAUUAAAUGUCAGUUGCCACAAUUCUGACCAUUUUUCUAGUUUACCUAAAUCAUUUGUCAUUUGGCUAUUUAAGUUGCUAAUCAAUACAUUAACUGAUGAUCAUGUCAACUGUCAUGUAAACGCUACAGAGUAUUCAUUAAGUCUGUAAAUAAAAGCAUAUUUUUUUAAUAAAUAUUUGCUGGAAAAAUGAAUCCAAUAAGGUACACAACAAUACCUCUCAAGAUGAGUUUAAAAUAAUCCUUUUUUGUUUUAGUUCUAAAAUAUGGAAUCACCGUAAACUCCUUAGUAAGGGGAUGUGGGUAUUCGGAGGAAUGUGCGCAGCCCACAAGGAAUGUCACCACCCAGAUUAUGUCUGAAGAAAUUUUUACCAGCUGCUGCCAGGGUGACAAUUGUACCCCUAGCCAACCCAAAGGUAUGUGUUUUGAGGGAAAGGGCAAACAUACUAAUUAGCAUGAUGUUAUGUACCACUUAAAAAAAAGCUGUAGAAAACCACAUUUAGCCCAUAAAGCCACACUUACACCCCCUUUGUUCUAUCUAUGGUUUUCACCAUCAAAAGAAAUAUAUGUCUCUGCUGUUGCCUUAUUUAGUCUGUUUGUCUAUACCUCUAUAGGUAGAUUGAUGUUUACCGGCUUUACUCCCAAACUUUAGAGCAACGUAUGUAGGACAACUUUUAUGCUUUGUUCUAAUAAUUGGGGGAUGAAAUUUUUUUUGACCUUUUAGAUUUAUCUACUAUUGUCAAACUUACCUUUACUUUGUGUCCGGGCUAAAAUUUGCAAUUUUCUUUAGUGCAUACUUGUAAUAACUUUUAAAUAACAUUAAUCUGAUUAUUUUGUCUUUGGUAUCUCAAAGCUCUAUACAUGUUUGACUAAAGGUAUCUAGCCUGUAUGAAAUAAAUCUCCUAGACUUUAUGCAAGAUCCUCCAAGUCACAAAGACUACACGACAGCAAUACAGAACUACAUUUCACUUUCCAAUGGUUUAUUAUUAUCUAACUACUGCUAUAGAUAUCCUCUAAAAUUCUAUGGAGUUCUAAUGACCAGCAAUAUAUACAAAACACUAUACAAAGAUAUAAAAUAUCACACACAGAUGUACAGAGAGAGGGGGGUGAGAAAACAAAAAGAGAAGCAUCUCAUAGGGUUAUAUGUUAAAAACUUUAACAUAUAAUUUAUACAUUAAAUAGUUUUUCUCAUCCCCUCUCUCUGUGUGAGAUGUUAUCUCUUUGUAUAGUGUUUUGCAUAUAUUGCUUACUGCUGCUCAUUAGAACUCCAUAAAUAUUCAGAGGAUAUCUACGGUAGUUAGAUAGGCCAGUUCAAUUUUUUUAUUAAUUACUUUCGAUAUAUCAGUAAGAUGUAUUUUCCUAUAAGGGUACUGCAACAUUGUCUCUCUCACAUUAUUUAUGCCACGGUUCUCACCGUGCCAUCCAGACAGCCAUACAUGAUUGCCCCACAGGAGAUUUGAACAUGAACCCAUAUGUAUCCUAAGACAUCUUCCCUGCCUCUGAGACACUUCUGGACUUCUGAUUCUAGCCCUGUUUACCUGGCAUUGCCUGCAGCACUGGGGGCUGGACUUCACCUGUGGUUGCUGUCUAUCAAUCCAAGUCCACCUGAGGCAGAUUACUUGUUAUCCACCUAUAUAACACUGUCUCUGAGUGAGUGUAGAGUCAGUUUGUUGUUCCAUGUUUCCUGUUCCUGUUGCUUAAGACUGACUUGGCUUGUGACCCCUGCUUCUGGAUCUUCGUUAUUGCCUGUUCACUGCCUGCCCUGACCUUUUUGAUACCGUGCCUGACUACUCUUUUGGAUUUGCCCUGGUCUGUUUCCUUGUACCCGGUUACUAUUUCUGCUUAAGCCCCCGUGCACAGAUUCACAGCCCAGGUAGCUUCUUACCUUGUUACUGUGGGCUGUGUUUAUCUGCAAGGGUGAGCAUAUAUCUUUGCAUUUCGGACUCCAACCAAGGUAAGCUGUGACAAUGUAUUAGUUUAGUAAAGAAUACUACAUUUAAUGUUUUAAAAACAUUUUUUUGUGUGUGUUUGCACUCCACCAUUAUUUUUUAUAAUGGUUUAUUAUUCUUAUUCUUAUUUUGCUUUGUUUAUAAAUUGCCAACACUUCUGCAGCACUCUCCAUUGAUACAGUUAGUACACGUAAAAAGAAAAGGGCACAACACAUCUAACCGACAAUACAAAAUUUGACAAACAAAUAACAGAGGAGUUGAGGAACCUCUUCCCAUGGGAACGUACAAGCCAGAUGGAUAGGAGGGUUGAGAAACAGGAGGCAGGAAUGGAAGGGUGAAAUUAAAUUUAUACAAAGUGCCAUGAAGCCAUUUAUUUUUAGGGAGUGUUUAAAGGAGGACAGAUUAGGUGAAACAGUGACAGCAUUGGGGAGUCUGCUCCAUGGGGUUGAUGCCGCAUCAGAGAAGUCAUGAGGCUUUUUCUCAAUCUUCUGUCUUGCCUGUAGAAUAUAACUAUCGUAAAUCAUACUGUAUCAUAUACAUUUGCUUUUCCUACUCAGUUCAUCAGUUUUUGGAAAUAUUUGGAUAAAAUUGUAAGUUUUAGGAUUAAUCAUUGCCAAAUUCUGUCUCAUUUAGGUGCUGCUCAAAAUUCUCUCUCAUGUAUCAGUUGUAGAAACACGACCGGUGAUACGUGCAUUGGACCAUCUAUUAUCUGCCCAUCUGAAGCUGACAGCUGUGCAUCUAUCUACACCAGGACCAAAGGUAAUGCUCAGAUUUCAAAAUAGAAAAUGUUAUGAUCAGUAUUUAAAACAACAUGUUGUCAUAUCAAGAGGAGAAAAGUUAGAAAUACUUAAUCUGGUGAAAUGAUCAUGGUUUUUAUUUUUCUAAAGAAUUAUGACCUAAUUUCCCUAAUAUAACAUAAUGAUUAGGAAAAUGUAUUAUUAAAGUUAAUGAAUAAAAGAAAAUUAUCAAUGUCAAUCAGUUAUAGGAAAACAGUAUACUAUCAAUGGCAAAGCAUGUAUGUUAGAUUUUAUACCUCCAGGUGGUGGCAGUAUUUUGACAUAAUCUGGGAAACACUUGCAGCACGCAUAGCACCAGUGCCCUCUUAAUAUCCAGAAAGAAGCCAGAGAAGCGGGGGGCCGGAGAGUGAAUGUGACAACUUGGGGCAACGCACCCACACAAAUGAUAGCAUCACACAACAUAAGCCCACCUACUCUGAGGUUCACCAGGGGAAUUGCCCCAUUGCAUCACCCACACAGGCGGAGACCCAAUUGACUACCAGGACCUUCCGCAAUUUCCAGAAAGGAAAGGGCUUGGACACUGAGUGUACCCUAGUCCAUGGUUACAAGAUGUGGCCCUCUGAUCUGGCCUGGAGCUGGAGGGUUGGCACAGCUCACUCUGGUCUUACUGCUCACCCCAGUGACUACUCCAUGACUGCCCACUGUCUCCCAAACCAGAGAAUUGGCUAAAGCUGUGUCUACUACUCAGGACUGCAGGCCUAAACAAAUCAUGGGCUCCCACGCCAUAUGAUAUAGCUACCCUAAAUUAUUGUGUAGCGUCUGUUAAGCCUUGUUGUCUUAUGUUACGUUUUCCAUACAUGCUUACUUAAUGAGAGAUACUCUCCUUUUUCUGAAGCAUGAGCCAGUGGUGUUAUUCAGUAGAUUGUAUAGCUUUGUCACUUAAAUAAUAUACUUAAUCUGUUCAGAAUUACUCAUGACUACAAGUUACCCACGGAUCACAAUAGUUAUUGCUAAAUGCUGAGACAUGUAGGCUUUUCGUUGAAUCCUGUUUAUCCUUAUUACCACAAAAUGUGCAAUGCUCUUGGUGUAACACAACUGUUAAACAAUGUCAAAUGAUAUGCUUGCACCAGCUGUUCUGGCAGUGCACUCUGGCUUGUCUAGCCUAUGCACGAAUAAAAUAAAGAAUAAAAAAUAAAAAAUCAAUUUCCCACUAGCUAUUGGCAAGUGAAAUGUUAGCCUUGGCAGAAAGAAACACCCCCCAACCCCCUCUAGUAAGUGUGACAAGUAAACAUUUUAUGUAUUGGAACAAGAGUUUAAAGUAAAAUCGGUGUAAAAUCCAAAAUUCCGCACUAGUAGUGUCUAAUUUCCCAAUUCGUAUAGGACACUUAUACACAGUCUCCUUAUUAAAUGCAAUCAGAAAAAUUAAACAUUCAUAAAUAAAAUGUUAAUAUUUAAUAGUUCUGCUAGAAUCCUUUGCAGGUCAUGGCUGAAUUUGACAGAAUCUGAGCAGACAAUAUAUCCCUAUCCACUUUUUUGUUUUUUUUGUCAAUCUGGCCUUUCUAUUCUUGAGGCUUAUGAAUGGUUUGCACCUUGUGGUGAACCCUCUGUGUUUGCUCUCAUGAAGUCUUCUCUUUAUGGUAGACUUGGAUACUGAUACUCCUACCUCCUGGAGAGUGCCCUGCACUUGGCUGGAUUUUGUGAAAGGGCUUUUCUUUCCCAUGGAAAUGAUUAUCUACCACUGUUUUCCAUGGAUAUCCAGGCCUUUGUGUGUAGUAGAGCUCACCAGUUAAUUAUCUGAAUGUACUAAACUGUUGUUUGGCCACUCCUAAUGUUUCAGGCCUAAGGAUGGCCUGCUCCACUUGCAUAGAGAGUUGUGGGUUCACAGCAACAGCUUCUAAAGGCAUAUGCCACACCCAGAAUCAAUUCCAAACCUGCUUAAUUGAUGAAGAAAUAACAGAUGAAUAGUCCACACAUGUCCAUAUAACAGCUUUUGAAUCAAUUGUCCAAUUACUUUUGGUCCCUUGAAAAAGAUAUGGCUAUAUAUUAAAGAGUUGUAUGUUUCACUUGGUAAAGAGUUAUAUUUUCCAUGGCCAUUCAUGCAUUAAUUCAUAUCACCCACCAACUGGCUGUGCAGCUGAACAAUGUUUUGACAAUUUUACUGCAGGUGAGACAAGUUGAGCCCCAUUGUUUUCGUGCCAUUCCUCCAAAAUAUCCAUUAAAGGAUUCAGUCAAUGUGCACAUGUACUGCCUGUUUUUGUGAACUUUUGGAUGAUUUUAAAAUGGUUUUCUUAUUUCAGUUCUAAAAUAUGAAGUGACAACAAACGUGGUAGUAAGAGGAUGUGGGUACUCACUGGAAUGUUCCCAGAGCUGGAAGAGUUUAAGUAACCAGUUUAUGUCAGAAGAAAUUGCUAUCAGCUGCUGCCAGGGUGACAAUUGUACCCCCAGCCAACCCAAAUGUAUGUAUUUAAAAGGAGAGUGUGCACAUUGUAAUUAACAACAAAUCAGAUAUUGUAUCAUUUGAAAUACUUUACUUCAAUCUAAACAGCCAAUUCAAGUGGGCAUUCUAAACAAUUACUAGUCUAGAAUGAUGCCCUCUUCUAGAUAAAGCAUAUUAACCUCAUCAUGGCAUACUUAAAUUGACAACUCUUCAAGGCAUUUAAUCCUUGUAAUGACAUAUUUCAUCAUUAUUUUGCUUUGUUUUAGUUUCAACAAACAUUUUAGCUCCAAAUGGACUAAAAUGUCCAAACUGUUUUUCACUAACAUCCAAAUGUGAACCAGAGGACACCACCCAGUGCAUGGGAGAAGAGAAUAAAUGUGUUUCAUUUUUGAGCCGCUCCUUCUCUGGAGGUAACAAACAUUCACAUAACGGUAAAUGUAAUGGCCCCACUGUAGUCGUUAUGGUGCCUUGGAGCUCUCCCGUGUAAGGCGUUAAACCAUUUGGUGAUGUUUUCACUCUUGGUCUGACUUGACUUAUUUAUUGGUUCUAUGGAGAGAUUUAAGACCCUGCCAUGCAUUGACAGCUCACUGGCUAAGAGCAUCAUCUGAUUGGUUUAAAUGUGAGAGUUUAGACCUGGCAAGCCCCAGGUAAGGGGUAAAACCAUUAGCAAGCAUUCUCAUUAAUUGAAAUUUUGGGCCCCAGGAAACUCCUAGCACCAUAACAACUAGAGUGUGCCUCUGGCAUUCCUUUAACUUAACAUUAUAUUGUAUUAACCAUACAUGUGCAUCAUUACCCCAAAUGAACUACAUGUUGGUCCAUAUUGCACAAUAAAAUUCCAUUUUUAAAAUACCAAAGAACAUUCCAACAGUUGUGUGAAAAUGUCUUUCAUUAUACACAAUCCUCUGAGCUUUGUCCAAUUAUAUGAUAAAAACGUUUGUUUUUUUUCAGAGCACAUGACAUCAAUGAUUUCUAUGUCUGGUUGCGCAACUGAAAACUUCUGUACAAAUUACAGUGGCAAUGCUACAGAGAGUAGCACUGGAGAGAGGACAAUAACUAGUAUUUCAUGCAAGAAUGACACUACAAGUUCAGUCAUUGGUAGCACAACAGUUAGCCAAGACCACGAAAUGAAAAAAACUGUCGUGAGCACCACCGGUAAGCUUGACAUGACCAAAAAUACUGAAGCAGAUAAUAGCAAUAUUGAGAAAAGGUAACUUAUUAUUAUUAUUAUUAUUUUUAUAUAUAAUUAUCUUGGACACUUCAUAUUGUAACUUUGCACCACAGCUUUGUGGACUGCCUCUUAAAAUGUGUUCACACAUAAUUAAAGUGUAAAUAUUUUAGGAAUUAUGCUUUCCAUAAUCAUCUUAUUCUUCUGCUAUAGGACAUUCAUUCUCAUGUGUAAGCUGUACCAGCACAAGUGGUGAUACUUGCAAUGGAUCUACAAUUAUCUGCCCACCAUACUCUGACAGCUGUGCAUCCAUCUACACAAAGUCCAAAUGUAUGUUGAAUAGAUAGAGUUCUAAGAGUGACAGAUUUACUAUGUUAUGAAAACAAGUACAUUAUGUACGUAAUCAUUAAACUAAAAUGUUUAUAUAAAAGUAGAAAAAACAUAUCUUAAAGUAGUUAUUAAAAUACCUUUUUAAAAUCAAGAUUUCUGAAAUUGUAUCUCACUGACCUUUUUGGGAGCUCUUUAAGGAAGCCGUCCCCUUGCCCAGUCAAACUCCUGAAAUAAAUCCCUGUUAAUUGUAGGCAAUCUCAUAUAUACUAGUUGGAAUCUAACUGGACUAUGGAACAAUUUUGAGACAGCUAGUUUAAUAGAAGAAUCACAUUUCUAGAAUUGUCUACAAGAAUAAAAUAGAACAAAAUAGUACAUAAAGCAACACAUUCUUGAAAAACCUUUUGCACUAAAGGGAAGUUGGCAGUAUGUUCUCCAAUGUAUGGGCAUCCUGUGGCAGCUGUCUGGCUUAAAUGAGAAAAAGAAUGUAUGUAGCAAUGAUUGACCGAUUAUGAUUUUCAGAAAAUACACAUUACCUGCAGUAGUUUUUUUCACUGAAUAUGAAAUACAUUCAUUCUCCUCCCCUGUGCAUUGGGUGAUGCCCUCUGGGUGGCAUGUCAGCAUUUGUGAAAAACAAGUUGGGCACAUUUUCCCAUUUGGAAGUGAAGUGUUUGUUAAAACUGAAAAAUAAAGAUCAAAAUAAAAGAAACAAAAAUAAAGUUAAUACUGUUGCUUACAUAGAUCAAACUUUGUAUGAAUGCAGUGACAUUUUAUUUCCCAAAUUUAAAAGGCACCCAGACCACUUUAUCUCAUUGAAGUGGUCUGGGUACAAUGUCCCUUAACCCUACAGUGGUAAUUUUUGCAGUUUUCGAGAAACUGCAAUAUUUACCUCUGAGGGUUAACUCCACCUCUUGUGGAGCUGAGCCAGUCCCUAACUCACAACAGCCUCAGCCACUACUCUGGAAACCAGGGAAGGACCCGUCAAGGUUGGAAAUGGGAGGUAGGUUUAAAAGUGUAAAUUGUGCAUAUGUGUGUUUUUCAGUAUGUAUGUCUGUGGAUGUUUCUGUUUGUGUUUCAGUAUAUGUGUAUCAUUAUGUCUGCCAGUGUAUGUGUCAGCACAUCUGACAGGGUUUGUGUCUGUGUGUCUCUGUAUGCCUGUCUGUGUCUCUGUCUGUCAAUGUACCUGUCAGUGAAUGUAUGUCUGUCAGUGUGUAUGUUUGUUUAAGUAUGUCUUGCACCCAGCUACUUUAGUUCCCCCCCACUGCGUUAGGGUGAAAUGAGUGAUCCCAUGCCAGGACUUGGGUGUUGGUGGGGGAGGCAGGGUCUAGGGGGCCCAAGAAAGUGAUUUUACCAGGGUCCUAUUAAUAUUAUAGAUGGCUCUGAAGCCUUUCCCCGUCCUGCAGAGCUCAGCCUGCAUGGAGCCCUCACUGGGUGAAGAUGGAUUAUUUUUGGGGUACAUGUUUUUUUUUUCUAUUGUGAGGGGGGGUCUUUUUUUAAAAAUUUUUUAUUAUUAGUUUGACAGGCUUUAUGAUUUUUUAUUUGCUUUUUUGGGGCUUAAAGAUUUUUAGAAAAUUCUUCUAAUGGUAAGUAUUACGCUACUAGUCUGUUCACUAUUGUUGGGCUGAGAGGAGUAGGAAGGCUUUAUUUUUACUAAUAGUCCCCAAUCCAUCGCCAAUGGGUGGGGGCUGUGGGGGACAAUAGAUCCCCCCCCCCCCUUUGUCACUUAGGGCCUUCACCAGCCACUAAUGCGUUGGGACUGGAAUGGGAGACAAUAGGCCCCCCUUAUCACUUAGGGUCUUCACCUGCCACUAAUGUGUGUGGACUGGAAGAGCAGUAGGUCCCCCCCCCUUUAGUCCCUUAGGGCCCCACCCAUUGAUAAGUGGAGGAUGGGGGGGUAGACAGUAGUUUCCCCCAUUAUCAUUUAGGAGCCCCAUCCACUGCUAAUAAAUCGAGGCUGGGGUGAGUCAAUGGGUCGUCGUCGUCGCCCCCCCCCCCCCCUUUUUUUUAUUUUUCUUUAUUACAGGCAGGUGGGGGUCCCAAGUACAAAAAGACCCUCCAUUUUGUCACUUAAGACACAACCUGCCUGUAAUGGGCUGAAUAAAUGCCUAAACUUUAUCCUAAAGUGAAAGGACAAACUGUUCACAUUCUGUUCACAUUCUCUUUGGUCAAUUCACCAUCGCUCUAGUCUAAAUGACAGGGGUUCGGAAAUGUUGAAUGAAGCAUUGCGAGAUCACGGAGGAGUGAGUAUUAUGGGAGAGAUUUCUCUGACUCAGGAAAUGGAGCUGACUUAAGCUCAUCUUUCGGUCAAAGAAAGUCAAACUUAGGAAAAAUACAUACUACAAUGUAGUCCCUACAUGAUCUUAUAUUUUAAAGAAAACUAGAUCAGAAGAAAAGGAGAACCGAUUCUGAGAGGAAGAGGAAACGAUAGGAGAAAUUUUGGCGUGACAGUGCCGCUUGUGUUAAAUUGUUUCUGCACCAUUCUACUAAAAUAUAAAUAAAGUGAUUGUCAGUCAAUGUGUACAGGUACUUAUUUUUGGAUGAUUUUAAAAUGUAUUUCUUAUUUCAGUUCUAAAAUAUGGAGUGGCAACAAACGUGGUAGUAAGAGGAUGUGGAUACUCAUCAGAAUGUGCUCAGAGCUGGAAGAGAUUAAGCAACCAGUUUAUGUCAGAAGAAAUUGCUAUCAGCUGCUGCCAGGGUGACAAUUGUACCCCUAACCAACCUAAAAGUAAGUCUUCAGAAAAAACAAGGCACACUUAAUAAUCAGCAUAGAAGAAAUGAAUCUUUCAUUGAAACCAUAUGUUGACUGACGACCAUGGUGAUAGGGCAUGAUUCAGGAGGACUGAUAAACAAUAACAUGGAAAUAUAUAGGAUUGACCAUAUGCCCUAGAUUUCCAUUCACUAUUACUAUAAUCCCUCUUCUAGUAAACUGUUUGUUUUAUAUCAAAAAAAGAUAAAAUAAUGAAAAUACUUGCAAUACUAAGGCCUCAGUUUUAUAAUUUUGGAUAAGCUUUACAAAUGAUUUAAUAUUUUUAUAAUUAAAAAAUAUAUAUAUAAAUAAAAAUACAUAUAAAAAUAUUUUUUUUCAAUAUCCAAUCAUGUUAAAGGUUAAUCCAAAAAUAUUAGAACAUUUGAUAAAGCUUAUCCUCGAAUAUUAAAUGAAGGUCUUAUUUAGUUCAGAACUUUUGAUUUUUCAGCUUUUUUUAAAUAGGUUUCAUUUGGGAAAUAAAAUGUCACUGCAUUCAUACAAAAAGUUUGAUCAAUGUAAGCAACAGAAAAAACUUUAUUUUUCUCUCUUUUAUUUUGAUGUUCUUCUUUAUUUUUCAGUUUUAACAAACACUUCAGUUCCAAAUGGGAAAAUGUGCCCAACUUGUUUUUCACAAACGCUGACAUGCCACCCAGAGGGCAUCACCCAAUGCACAGGGGAGGAGAAUGAAUGUAUUUCAUAUUCAGUGAAAAAAACUACUGCAGGUAAUGUGUAUUUUCUGAAAAUCAUAAUCGGUCAAUCAUUGCUACAUACAUUCUUUUUCUCAUUUAAGCCAGACCGCUGCCACCGAGUGCCCAUAUACUGGAGAACAUACUGCCAACUUCCCUUUAGUGCAAAAGGUUUUUCAAGAAUGUGACAUCAACAAUAUCAAGGGGACCUCCUACUGAUCAUAUACAGAUGUAUAUGGAGGAAUCACAAGCAUAACUAGAAUAAAAAUAUAUACAGUAUAUUAACAACAAAUUCAAAUAUUCCCUUUUUUUUUUAUGCAUUGCUAUAACAUUCUGACUGUACAUUUACAACAGUACUAUGUUUAGUAUAAUAUCAAGAUGUGAUAAAUUUAAAGGAAUACUAAAACACCCGGACCACUUCAUCAAAAUAAAGUGAUAAGGGUGAAGUGACCCUGUCCAUUUAACCCUGCAAUGUAAAACAUUGCAGUUUUGUUCAACUGGCACUAGAGGUGCUUCCACUGCACUGACUGUGUAAAACUUUCUACCAUGAUGUUGCAUCUACUAGGAAAGCAUUGAAAUAGGAAUUUGGAUGCUUACAUGGCAUUCGCCAUGCUUGGGCUCCUCUAAAAAAAAAAAAAUAUUCGAUUGGCUAUCAUCUCCCUCCUACAAGGGAGUCUCAGUGCUGGAGUAACUGUUCUAGUUUUUAAGUAGAAAUGGGGAAACAUGAAACAAGUCUGCAUAUAUAGCGUUAGGGCUAUAGCGUUUAGAAUACGGGUUUGUGUUCUUAAACAUAAUGCUACUCUAAAAUUAACUGUUUGUAUUUCUUCCAGGGCAAACAAGCUUGCAAUUCUCUGCAUUUGGUUGUUCAACUGAAAACUUCUGUUCUAACUAUAUUUCUAUUUCUACAUCAAAUACAAGUGGGGAAACAGGAAUAUAUACAUCAUGCGGUAGCGUCAAGACUACUAACAUUACCGGUCAUCACAACAAUGGAAAUAAAAUGACUCAUGUUAGCAUUUUUGUUCUACUGAUAGGUUUUCUGAUACAAUAGAUCUACUAUUAAAUGGUAGCACUAUUCCGAACAAUGAUAAAACUAGCAAGAAGACAAAAGGUUUAAAAAUGAUACAGGUCAAAUCCAGGAUAAAUAUGAACAAAACUUCUAUUUUGUAAUGUUAACCCUUUUUAUCAUUAUUAUUGUAGUAGAAUAUGCAGAAUAAUUAAAAAUAUUUAAUAUAGCACUAGAUCUGAUUUACAAUAUUCAUAAAUGGAUCACACCUGCAUCUGUGUGUCUGUGUCAAAUAACAAUGAUAUGAAAGUGCACUCUAUUUUAUUUAAGGGUUCAAUGACUCUGGCUCCGCCUUCCUGGAUAAAUAUCGGAAAAUAAUCAAAAAAAGAGAUGAUUGUGAACAACAAUAACAAAGUGCAAUGUGCUGAACAGCAUCACCUAGUACAAUUUAUGCAAGACAAUGGAAAGCGCAUAAUAUAUCUGUAUAAAUACAAGUUAUCAAUAUCCAAAAAUGAGAAAUAAAGUGUAUAUUGCAAUUGCAUAUUAAACUAAGACAACAUAGACAGAUUUUAAAUGUUAUUAUUUAUCCUUUUCAGAUUGUAUGUAUUUUAAUAAGAAAUGUUUAAACACCAGUAAAUUAGAGGUAGAUAAUUUGGGAAAUGCAUUAAUAUCUUCUUUAUAUUAUUACUUUUGAUUUGUAAAUUGGGCAUAAAGAUAAUUUUAAGUAGAUAAAGAAGAAAAAAAACUGCAUGCACGGAUAAGCCACAGGAUUCAGGCAUUCUAAUUUCCCCUGUAUAAAAUAUACAAAGGUAGAUGUACAGCAAUAUAAAAACAAGAGACCAAAAUAGUGUGAUAUGUUUAAACCACUUAAAUUAAGAUAAAUUCAAAGUUAAUCCAAAUAUGGAAAAAGGCUCAUCGAAUAGCAUCCUUUUCUUCCUGUCUUUCCUGUUGGAUAAUAUCUUCAUACAUGUAUAGACAAGGAAUAAAAAUAGCCAUAGUGCAACGCUGUAAAGUAAAAUGAAUUCACUGCUUUAUUAAGUUAAACUUACAAGAUGUAAGAGUUAACAAGGCCCAUCAUCAUCACUAUAAAUAGAAAGCACUCAAUAAAUUAUAUAAAAUAACACAUAAUAUGGGUAAAAUUUUAACAACUUUUUUGUUAUGUAUAAAUUAUGAAUUAUACUUAGAUAUUGCUCUUUUUCUC